ACCAUUUAUAACAUUGACAGUAAUAAUGAUAAUCAUCAUCGACCAUUUGGAUCCAAAUGGAUCCAUUACUGUUAUUAUUGACGUGUGUGCGAACGCGUUUAGGAACAAGAAAAAAUUAUGCCAAACAUUAUCUACAAAUAAAUGCAACAACAUUUAAACAACGAUGUCCACAAUUAGAUUUUUUAUCACCAUUACAACAGGAAUUAUGUUCAUUACAUCCAAAUGUAUUACAUACGAUUAGUCGUGGUGCACGUUUCGGUAUUGAAGAAUGUCAAUAUCAAUUUAAAAUGAAUCGUUGGAAUUGUUCGGCAAUGGAUUCGGCCGAUUCAGUAUUUGGUCCGAUUAUUGAUAUCAAUAGCCGAGAAAAAGCAUUCAUCCAUGCAAUAUCAACGGCUGGCGUUGUUUAUAGUGUAACACGUGCCUGUACAAAAGGUGAAUUAAGCCAAUGUGGAUGUGAUGAUAAAGUUAAAAGUCAAGAUGUACAAGGCAAAUGGGAUUGGGGUGGUUGUUCGGAUGAUAUCUAUUAUGGUGCAGAAUUUAGUCGUCGUUUUAUUGAUUCAAUUGAAGAUCCAAAUCAAUCUGAAGGUGUUAUGAAUUUACAUAAUAAUGAAGUUGGACGACGGGUUAUCAAAUCCAAAAUGGAAUUAGUAUGCAAAUGUCAUGGUAUUUCAGGUUCAUGUACGGUUAAAGUAUGUUGGCGUCGUUUAAAACCAUUUCGUGAAGUUGGUGAAGAAUUGGCACAAAAAUUUGAUGGUGCUACACAUGUUAAAAUUGUUCAAAGUAGAAAAAAACGUAGCCGUUUGAAACCGGCACAAAAAAAUGUUCGAAGACCUUCAAAACGUGAUCUAGUCUAUUUGGAAGAUUCACCUGAUUUUUGUUUCCAUAAUGGAUCAUCACAUGGAUCAUUUGGAACAACUGAUCGUAUUUGUAAUGCAACCAGUCUUGGUUUAGAUGGUUGUCGUUAUCUUUGUUGUGGUCGUGGUUAUCGUACUAUCGAAAAUGAUGUUGAUUUAAAAUGUAAUUGUAAAUUUGUAUGGUGUUGUCAGGUUAAAUGCGAUCUAUGUCGUCAACGUAUUAUUGAACAUCGUUGUAAUUGAGUAUUGUUUUUUUUUCGUGAAUUUUUUUCAAUUAUAACCCAAACACUCAUCACGAAUAUUUUUGCUUCACCAUACGGGCGGUGGUCGAUUUACAGAAGAAAGAAAAAAACCGAAAAAGUUUUAUUUCGAUCAACAAUCGGACAAAACCAACCCAACAUUAUUCCAAGGUGUGGUUCUCUAUUAAUC